AUGGAGGAGUCAGGCCUGCUGAAAGAGAGGCUCCAUGCCAUUACUGAGAAGCAUCACAUUCAAGAACACAUUAGACAGAAGAAAGAUGAGCUGGACCAAGAGAAACUUCGACUACAGCAUCUAAAGAAAAAGUCUCUGAGAGAGCAGUGGCUGCUACAGGACUCAACUAAUCUGCUGUCUGACCAGCAGCAGACCAGAGAACUGCAACUCAACAUUAACAGAAUACAAAAGGAGAUUGACUCUCUGGAGAGAAAGGAGUCUGUGAUUUCUACCAAUGAGAGCUUCAUCUUGAACAGAUUAAAGGCUGUGGAGAAAAGUCCAGAGGAAAUUAUCAAGGAAGCCCAGAACAACUUUAUUCCUGCUCUGUUUGCCAUGGAGAUCAAUGUUACUAAAAACAUGUUGACUGGGGAGAGCACAGUACUCUCUACUGCGCCUGUCCCCACAGAGGAGCUAAACCAACACACUGGGCUCAAGGUGUAUGACGAUGGCAGGAAGUGUGUUUACGCUCUGCCUUCCCAACAGGGGUCACAUGAUCAGAGUCGUGUGUCUGAGCUCUCAGCCAAUGAGGUGGAACAGUUGCUGAAAAGUGCUACAGAGCAUCGCCAAUUAAACCAACAGAAUUACCACCAAAAUCACAGCAGAAAGGCAGGACAUUGCUUUUUCAGCCACCCAGAUGAAAAUGACCAUGGGGAGUGGUAUGACCCUAGAAACCAGAGAGGACUUUAUGGUAACAGCCUCCCCAGAAACAACACAGUGCAGAGAGACUUUAGCUGGCAGAGUAAACCACUGGACGAGCGUCUCUAUGGGCACCGGCAAAGUUGGCAUGAGGAGAGAAUUAACCAAUACAUUGGGAGGGAAGGUCAUCGCCUUGGUAAUCGCAACAUCAUCAGAAGCAGUAGCUUAAAUAUAGGCAGAACUAAUGGCUAUCCUCCUCCCAGAUCACAUGAUGUAGUGUCCCCUUACCAACCACAGCUCUGCUACACUCCCGCCAAUUAUAUUCCUCUUAGUGAUUAUGUAUGUGUGGAGGAAGAAGAACUUUAUUGUUACAGCCCACCCCCCCAUCACUCACACAGCCACAUCGCAGACAACCAACCCACCCACUCUGACAGAGCCCCCUCACCCCUCUACAGAGACGACAGCGCUUACACCAUCCUCAACACCAUGGAAACCACUGAGCCAAUCACAGCCAUCUUCAUGGGCUUCCAGACAGCCGAGGACGACAGCGGGCAGGUUCAGGAGUACGAGGGCUCCCUGAAGGCCGAGCUGGUCAUCAUUGAGGACAACGAAGAAAAAAGCAAAGAUAAAAACAACAAGGGGAGUGUCCAUGGUAAUCCGACAGGCAGUUCAGCCAAUGGGAACGUAGGACGCAUGGAGGGAGACGGAAACAAGUUGAAAGAGAGGCCAGGUAUCAAAAAGAUCCGGAAAAACCAUAGACCAUGCUGCACUCUUUCCUAG